AUGCCUCGGGCGUUCAUCAUAUUACAGUACCAAGCAAAAGCGCCAGAAGUCCCUAGGGAAAAAAAGACCCACCAGCGAGAAUUUCUUACGCCUCUUCAUCAUGCAAGUACAGCUAGCCACUACUGCCAUGUAUAUUCUAGGGUGCAUCAUCUCAAGACUUAUCGUCUGCCACUAGCAUUAAGAGUCCCACCUCACUCCGCCUUGUUGCACUCUCUGUUUCAGCUCACAAUAGCCUCCCUCUUCGAUCUAUUCCCUAACCCUGAUAUGGACGGCUUGCUUACCGUUGUGUGGCCGCUAUCUUUCAUAGCAUAUUGGGCGCUUUGGAUUACUUAUGCACGCAGUUGGCACUCGCUUGCGAGGAUACCAGGACCACUCUGGCCGUCUGUCUCGCGAACAUGGCUCAUGUAUCGCAUGUACAUCCGUGACCUUGAGAUUAUGCAGCGUGCACUUUACGAAAAGUAUAUCCCGUUGCUUCGGACCGCGCCUGAUGAAGUCUUAAUAGGCAAUCCAGAGGCUAUAUCGCAAAUCUAUCCAAUCUAA